CACACACACACACACACACACACACACACACACACACACCACACAACACACAAUCACGAGAUUCAAACAAACGUUCUCAAACAAAUAUCCUCUACCGAGCACACAAACAUCCAAUGGCUUUUCUUCCUCUUCCAAAAACCUGGGCCUCUCCUUGUCCCUCUUUAUACGUCUAACUUUCCAUUUCCCUAAAACCCAUCUUCCAGACCCCAUCUCCUUCUCUCCCCAAACCCAAACAGGCCCAUCCUUCAGUCCUGCCUCACCCCAGUCCAGUCAAACUGUAUCCCAACCCACAACACUUUUCAGCUCCCAUAAGAACAGUGUCACCUCACACAGUACCCAAGACCCUUCCUUAGGAGGAGCUGUGGUCAAAAACAAACUCCCAGGGAUGUUUUCAGGAGCUCCUCCCAUACUUCAAGCAGCGGCAGCAGUGGUGGCAAGACACCCAAACUGGCCGCCGCCGCACCCAAGAUCUUUGACAAGAUCAAGGAGUUUGAACAAAAGUGAGUGAGGUGAGUGCGGGGUCAGAUCUGGGCGCUCUUUCGGCCGGGGCGCAUCCUGCGAUCUGGAGGGGGUCUCCAAAGAGGAGGGGACAAGCCAGCCGGAUGCCGCGGCCUCGAGGCGCUCCACGUUCGGAAAGAAGAGGGCCUCGUCUCUGGAGGACAAACCAAGCUACCAGCAGAGGGUCCAGAGCUUCCAGAACAAGUUCACAGAGGAGCUGGCCAGGAUCAAGAAGCUGGUGGGGAGGCCCAACCUGAAGAAGGCCUACUCCACCGAGCAGUUGCCCCAGAUGGAGAGACAGUCGUGGGCAAGCUGGAGCCCAUUCCCCUCAGGUGGUCAAGAAGCUGGAAGAGAGGGAGAAGGUCCUGGAGGAGAGAGGACUAUUAGGUAAAGAGCGUUGAAGAGAGUGUUUCGUCCCGAAAAUCAUCCCAAUCCCAUGAGAAGGUUCUGACAGAUCAAAGGAAUGUUCCGCAACGGGAGCAGCAUGAUUCAGCUUCAGCGUCAGCUCAGCCGUCUGAGUCUAAAAGUGUGGGGAAAGGCUCUGUUUCCAUGGAGACAGUACUGGUUAAUAACCAGUUACCAGGACGACGAUCACCCUCAUCAAGAGUCAUGCGGAAAAGCCCAACCAGGGAAGGCCUUUGGAGCUCUCCCGCAGCGGCGAAGCCUCCACACACGGCCGAGGAACAACCASCUGUAUCUCCAACACCCAAAGGGCCUUUGGCUGAUAAAGAGCUGGAGCAGCCUCCACCCAGGAUGGACCACCCCGGGUCUCCAACCCCUACCGCACAAAGAGCACCGCCUACCUACCCCAAAGGGCCUUCCUCUCCMAAAGAGCUUGAGAAACCUCUACACCACCGCAGGCCUCCAAGCCCCAGGUCUCCAAGCCCCACCAUGCAGAGAYGACCAUCACCGACCCCUGCCAAAGAGCCAGCCUCUGCCUAUCCCCCCAAGCCCCCACGGCUGUCCCCCACCCCCAUCUCCACCCCUUCCAUCAGCCCUCUAACGAAGAGACGGAAGGGAGAGCCAGGUAGGACGUCUCCCGCGCUGAAGAUGACCAUUCCUACCAUCCUGGUGGAGGACGAGCUCAUGGAAAUGGAAGAGGAGGAGGCAGGAGAGAAGACAGAGAGAGAAAAGACGAGAAGAGCAGGGAAGAAGGAUGGCAGGGCUUCCAGGACUCAGAAGAAGGGAAAAGUCUCGGGAAAGUCUUGGGAAAGUCAGCCUAUGUCUCCUGAGACAGGAGACGAUUCAGAUGACUCUUACAUGUCGGCAGAUGAGGGGCCAGCUGAGAAACCAGCUUUUGAGAGGCCCCUGGGGACACCAUCGCCACCGCUGGCUCUGAGGUCCUGCUCAAAUGUGUCAUCACUGCAGCCCCCUCCCAACAGCACUGCUUUGCUUUAUCUGGCAGCGGUGAGGGAGCAGCACUCCCUACUGAUAACCCAGAUGAGGUCUGGAGACACGGAGUACUGCGUCACCGCUGUCAACGCGGCCGGGAAAGCAUCCUGCAACGCCACGCUCUACAUCAAACCAGGAGCUGACCCAGGUUGCAUGGUGGGAAGUCCGAGCAGCUUGCCCUGGUGGAGGUCACGAGUCCUCCAAUCAGACGAGGAGAUACCUGAGCGCCCUGGAGGACGGUCAUGGAGAUUGGAGAACCACCCUCACGGGGGGUGGGGCCACAGUCCUAAGAUAGCCUUCUUCAAGAUCCCUCCCUCCUUUCAGCCUCCCCGCAAGGAAAGCCCUCGGGCCAUCAUCAGAGAAGGGCGAGACGUGGCGGUCACUCCCUCCAGGGAGCCCUGUUAUACCCGCAAGCUGGACAUCCUGGAGGUCAUAGAGGGUCGCACCGCCCGUUUUGACUGCAAGGUCAGCGGGUCCCCACCUCCCAUCGUUACCUGGACCAUUUCGAGAAACCCGGUGGAGGAGAGUGAGAAAUGUGCGUCUCCUGCAGGAAGGAUGCCGUUACUCAAUUGGUCAUGCACCACCUGUCAGCAGUGA